CACCCGCAUCUCACACUUUCGCAGCACAUUACACUUUACACAUCAUCAUGGUCGUCAAGGUUGGUAUCAACGGCUUCGGUCGCAUUGGCCGUAUCGUCCUCCGCAAUGCCAUCGAGCACAACGACGUCGAGAUUGUCGCAGUGAACGACCCCUUCAUCGAGCCCCAUUACGCUGCAUACAUGCUCAAGUAUGACACCACACACGGCCAGUUCAAGGGUGACAUCACCGUCGAUGGCAACAACUUGACCAUCAACGGCAAGACCAUCCGUUUCUACAUGGAGAAGGACCCCGCCAACAUCCCAUGGAGCGAGACCGGCGCCUACUACGUCGUCGAGUCCACCGGUGUCUUCACCACCACCGAGAAGGCCAAGGCCCACUUGAAGGGCGGUGCCAAGAAGGUUGUCAUCUCUGCUCCCUCCGCUGAUGCGCCCAUGUUCGUCAUGGGUGUCAACAACGAGACCUACAAGUCGGACAUCGAGGUGCUCUCCAACGCAUCUUGCACAACCAACUGCUUGGCUCCUCUGGCCAAGGUCAUCAACGACAAGUUCACCAUUAUUGAGGGUUUGAUGACCACCAUCCACUCUUACACUGCUACCCAGAAGGUCGUCGACGGCCCCUCCGCAAAGGACUGGCGUGGUGGCCGUACCGCUGCUCAGAACAUCAUUCCUAGCAGCACUGGUGCCGCCAAGGCAGUCGGCAAGGUCAUUCCUGAGCUGAACGGCAAGCUUACCGGCAUGGCUAUGCGUGUGCCUACCCAGAACGUCUCGGUUGUUGACUUGACCGUCCGCAUCGAGAAGAGCGCUAGCUACGAUGAGAUCAAGGCCGCCGUCAAGGAGGCUUCCGAGGGCUCCCUCAAGGGUAUACUCGGUUACACUGAUGAAGACGUUGUCUCAUCCGAUAUGAACGGCGACAACCGCUCUUCCAUCUUCGAUGCUAAGGCCGGUAUCUCCCUCAACAAGAACUUCGUCAAACUCGUCACCUGGUACGACAACGAGUGGGGUUACUCUCGCCGUGUUCUCGACCUCUUGGUCUACAUUGCCAAGGUCGACGGUAACGCCUAGGAAUUAGGACGGAGCCAGGCUAUGCCUAAACUCUAAUAUCCAGAC